CUUCAUUGGAAAGAGGCGGGGCAACAAAAAACGAGUCGAAAUAUGAAGAGCAGAUCAUUGGCGUUCUCAAACGGGCAGCGGAAAUAGAAAAAAAGCUUUUCAGGUCACCGCCAAACUCCAGGAGUCGUGCUAACUGGAAAUUUGCAUGAGAAAGUACUUGAUAUUAUUCGGGUGCUGGCCCAAUCUGCUCUCGGUUUCGGAAAGGCUAGAGUGGUCGACUGUGGAAAGCCAAGCGGAUAUUGCUCUUGUUCUGUCGAGGAUUGAUGUUCCUCGAAAAGAGAGAACCAUUGUCCUGCUACCAAGCGCAGCCAUUCGAAUUGGUGGUGAACUUAUUGCCUGGGGAUUUUUAGGCACUCACAAGCCUGCAUUGCGAGGAAAGUCACCGUUGCAGAGGCUUUGAAGUUGUUCC